AUGGCGCGUGACAGCUCCAUGAACUGUGGGUUCUUUGAGCAGGAUUGGGGUUUAACGCAUGAGCAGUUUGUCGACUACAACCCGAGCGUGAAGAACGAUUGCAGUGGUAUAAUAGUAGGCAACUCCUACUGUGUUGAAGUCAACAACGGACUCCCUCGGCCACCCACGAACAAACCCACAUCCACCUCGACCUCCAUUCGACCAUCUGCAACUGCGAGCAAGAAGCCCAGUCCCACACAGCCAGGUCUUAUCGAUUCUUGUACGGAUUUUUACUUCGCCGUGGACAGCGACCGAUGUGAUUCCAUUGUCGCGAAGUACAGCACCUUCACAUACGAUGAUUUUGUCAAAUGGAACCCCGCGGUGGGCUCAAGCUGUGGUGGUAUCUGGGCUCAGACGUGGUAUUGCGUUGCAGUACCGGGCACGCCGACAGUGCGGCCCUCACUUACAUCAGCCACGCCUACUCCCACCGGGGCCGGAAAGCCCAGUCCUACCCGAGAAGGCAUGGUCGAUACUUGUAACAAGUUCCAUUUCGUUGCUGAGAAUGAGAACUGUGACACCCUCAUCAAGAUGUAUGGUACUUUUACGUUUGAAGAAUUCCUGAAAUGGAACCCCGCGGUGGGCUCGAAUUGCGGUGGCCUUUGGAAGUCGACGUACUUCUGCGUGGGUGUUCCAACUGCAGCGACCACCGCCAAACCUACGAUAACUCGGUCGACAUUCGCGACGAGUACACGGCCUUCAACUUCAACCUUUACGAUGGCUUGCAUUCUACAAUUCGUUAAUGGACAGUACUACUGCGUUGAAGAUCCGAAGUCCUGUAAUCCUAAUGCUCCAGAAAACCCACAGCCUUCCCCGAUUUGCGGCUGCAAGAGAUGGCAUAAGGUGGCAGACAAGGAUAAUUGCGACACAAUCAUCAAGCGAUACUCUAUCUCAAGGGCGGAUUUCAAUAGUUGGAACUCUAAAAUUAAUGAUGGUGGGGAUUGCAAGACCUUGUGGCUUGGUUACAAUGUCUGCGUUGGUAUCAAAUAA